GAAACAGCCACCCGCAUGCACACCCACUACACCCACAUCCAGGCGCCGAUCAAUUGCCCGAGUUGCUCCUCCCACCUCACGGGCCUGACCGGUGUACAGCAUCUACCGUGCACGCGUGGUACUCGGUACACUUUGACAAUUUUCCCUGCCCAAUGCGAGGCGCACCACCAGGUCCAGAUCCCAAUUGACCCUGUAAGAGGAGGGGAAAAAAAGGAAAACAAAUUCAAAGUCAGGAGAGAAGAGAGAAGGGAGAGGCGACCCGUGAGAGAGAGUGUGUGAGAGAGAGAAAACUCAGCGGGCAGACAGACAGACGCGCACUGCCAGGCACAGGCACAAGCACUGGCACUGGCACUGGCACAGGCACUGGCACAGGCACUGGCACAGCUUACUCCUCUUUUUUUCUCGUCACCCCAGUCAACUUCUCACCUGACUGACCCCCAACCCGAGUCUUCACCACCCCAGCCUUGCCUUGCCUUGCCUUGGCUUGGCUUCCUUUCCCUCCCUCUCUGCCUCACCCCUGCCCAUCCAGCAGCAACAGCUUGCCGGAUGCACCUGCCUGUCGUUGUCUGCUUCACCCCAGCCGGUCCCUGGCCCUGCCCAUCGUCAGCACCACACUCUCUCUGCCGGCAGCUGCCAUAGCUCAAGUCGCUCGUUUUCUCCCGCCGUACCCCUUCGUCCUCCUCCUCCUCCCACUCCUGCCCCUCCACCAACGUCAACACCACCCACCCCACCCUCUUUGCUCUGCUCUGCUCUGGCCGUACCCUGCCUCACGCCUGAACCUCCGUCUUACCGUACCAGUCCGGCCGUCUCCGGCCCUCCUGCCCGCUCUCCCUCCUGCCCUGCCACCUUGAGAUGAGGGGCAAUACCGUCGCGGACACUUGGGCGCGAAUACCUGGCCUCUCGUCGUACUGGUGCCUGCAGAUCCAAUGGCGCGUCGACGAAGACGUCGUCGCCGCCCUCACCGAGCCUCGCUAUCCGGUGCCUGACGAGAGCCUCGACACCAUCAUCCUCGUCCAGACCAUCUACCUGCUCCAGCUCUUCCUUCACCUCCACGAGUUCGACCCCUGCAUCAAGGAGGGCGACCCGGACGAGGAGCUCCUCCGCCUGUUCCAGGACAACCUCGCCCGCGAGUUCAACACCUGCUACGGCACGCCAGCCCAUGCCCGCCUGGACAGAGGGCCCUGCCCGGAUGGCGAGUCCCUCGAGCGUGUGGUCCGCGGCCUGAUGCUCGCCCAGAGGGAGGCCGGCCAGCAGCAGCCCGAACGCUCCCGGUCCUCGCACUCAGACUCGCCUGACUCUACCAAGUCCAGGCUGCAGCACCUGCUCGUGCAGCUCGUGGCCGAGCUCAACAAGCCCGUCUACAUGAACAAGUCGCGAUACGAGGAGGCCCACGGCCCGCGCACCGACGAGACCUGGGCUGCACGCUUUGCCACGCGUAUCAUCCAGUGGCGAUUCCACAUGCGCAACCCAAUGGUUCAGCCAGCCCUGAGGGAGCAGAUCAUCCGCGUUGUUGAGGAUGCCCACGCCCUGGAUGAGGAGGGCCUCGAGGUGUAUCGCAUGCUGAGGACCGCAGCACCCGGCUCCAUCCACCUCGUCACGCCCUUGCAGCCCGAGCUGCAGCCCGCACUGCGCCAGCCAACCCCCGCCCACCAUGGUCCCCACUCGCACCAGCACCAGAGAUCCAUAAGCAGCGGCGGCGGCGGCGGCGGCGGCGGCAUGAAGAUGCAACACAUCUUGGCCUCGCCCUUGCCCCAGACACCGGACCAGACCCCUUCGGCAUCGUCGGCAACGCCGCGUACGCCCUUGUUCUCUCGCCAAGUCCCAGCCGCGGUGACGCCGCGGCCACCAUCAUCAUCACAACACCAUGGCGAUAGCGUCAGCAACAAGAGGGCUUCGGCACACGACCUACCCUAUCCGCCAGCGAAGCGACCACGAUCGGCGCACGAGCAAGACGCAGUCGACGCCGACGCCACACAUCCCGAGCCCAAGAGAGAGCCCCCGGCGGCAGACGAGGGGAACCCCGGGGGCGAGAUCCCGAUACGGGGCGGGCAGGCAGGCGAUGCGGCGGGGCCCCCGCGGGCGGCGCGAGCAGAGGUCACGGAUGUCCUCCAGCGCAUACUGGAGGGCGUCAAUGGGCUCCACCAGAAGAUGGAAGGGUUGCAGCGGGAUCUGGGCCAGAGGUUCGACUCGCUGGACGAUCGGCUGCAGCGGCUGGAGGACUGGAUGACGGAUCCUGUAUAGUCCGCGAACUGGCUUCCGGCCAUCGUCUUCACAGUACCAGUCGAUCAGAGGGAGGACCCCAGGUUACACAGCACUGGGAGCCAGCGAGAGCCACGAUCUCAGGCUGCCUGGCGCAUCGAGGCCUAUUCGACGUAGAAUUGGGAAGCCUGGGAACGGAGAACAUACAAGACUCGGCCUAGCGCUUCCCGUCUCAGGAGAGAAUCGGCCUGGAAUGACGAACGGCGGCGAUGAUCACGGAUUUAGAUGCGGGCACUGGCGUUUGACAGGCAACAACUGAGCCCUAGGAUUGCCUGGGCAGGACGGAACAUUGUUUAUUAUGGUAAGGGGGCAAUUACGGUGCCUCACGGCCAACGCCCCUUCUUGCGCGGUAGAGAACGGCGUUGCAACAGCAAGCGAGAGCUGCAUAAGUCCCAUCACAUCAGAUCCAUCCAGCAAGCCAGCCGCCUGGCGACUGGCAAAUACGAAUACGUAUACGGACAACCUCGGCCCGCUCGCAGCUAGCAAACUCAGGAUAACAAGGGAAAGGAAGGGUUGUGCUGGUUACUGUUGGCGCCUUUUGAUUCUCCCGGAUGCGAGGCAAGGGGGAGGAGAGAACAAGAAAUAAAAAGGAAAGAGAUGAGAUGGCGCGCGGGACAGAGAUGGCGCGCGCGCCGAUUGGGACGUGCCAGUGGCGGGACGUGGCGCGACGCAGGGAUUGCCUUGGACAUAGAGAAUUCAAGCAAGCAAUUGGAUUGUUCCUCAAG